CCCUACAUCACAUCCCACCUCAUUUCACACAUACCAACCAUCUUUCAGCACGCUCAGAAGAUCGCCGACCCUUUCAAUAUUUUGCCGUGUACACGCCCCUUGGGCAUUCGAGGUCCCUCCGUCUUGUUUCAAACUACCGGAACAUAUCAGCAUUAGCAACCAAACCAUUAGUCAUCAUGUCCACCGCUGCCCGCCGUCGUUUGAUGCGAGACUUCAAGCGAAUGCAGACAGACCCCCCAGCUGGGGUAUCUGCAUCGCCCGUACCUGACAACGUCAUGACCUGGAAUGCUGUGAUCAUCGGGCCCGCCGACACUCCAUUUGAGGACGGGACAUUUCGUUUGGUAAUGCACUUCGAAGAGCAGUAUCCGAACAAGCCACCUGCCGUGAAGUUCAUCAGCCAAAUGUUCCACCCCAAUGUAUAUGCUACCGGCGAGCUUUGCCUGGAUAUUCUACAAAACCGGUGGAGCCCCACGUACGAUGUGGCUGCUGUUUUAACAAGUAUACAAAGGUAGGUGCGGUCCCCGACAUCGUAUGAAAGGGCGAUGCUAACUGUGGCGUCUUCUAGUCUACUUAACGACCCGAACAC